AAUAAAAAUGAAAAAUAGAUGUCAGGAAGAUGAGAAGCAGAGUUCAGAGCGGGUGGGAGAUGGCUUCACGGUCGCAGUGGCCGCUCCUCGCCCUAGCCCUCAUUGCGCUCGUCUUUCCCUUCUCUGCCUUGUCUUCUGUCGAUCUCGUAGACCACGGAUGCUAUUGGACUGAAUCCUGCCAAAGCAAAUGGUUUGGAGGAUGUGGUGCCGGUCAUGUCAUCGCUGAUCAGUCAGGUGACUGCAAGGGCCUAUGUCGAGAGCCAACUUAUGCACCAUGUCUUCCCUUUCAUACAUAUUUCCAUUGCUGCAAACCUGAAAGACCAAGAGCAACAGAUAGAUGUUCAAGUUGUGACAACAAAAUUGACUUUGGUGAUGAGUACAUAUGCUGCACAGAUUGCUCUGAGCCUUACCUCAUUGAUAAUAAAAGCAAACUGGGUUAUUGUAAAACAGGUGCUGAAUUGGCGAUGCAGUUGAAACCCCAAGAAAUUUUCAAGUGGAUUGCUGGGCCAUGGAUGAAAUGUUCAUCUCCCUGCGAUGGUGGAAUUCGUUAUAGAGAUGUGGGCUGCUUUGGGAGCAUGGAAGAUAUGUCCAUCAAACAUUAUGCUGUAGAUGAUAGUCGGUGUUCUGUUGAAGAUAUGCCUGCCAGGCAAGAAUCUUGCAAUUUGAUGAGUUGUGGAGACUUCAGCAAUAAUGAUCUGGAUGACAAUGAGCAUAGUGGAAUGACCAAAUGGCUUGUUGCUUUCUUUGUUCUUGUUGGGCUUGUUGCUGUUGGAGGGCUUGGGUUUGCAGGCUAUACUUAUUACCAAAGGAAAACAUCUACACCGAGCGGAUUUGUGUAUAUUAUGCUGGAAGGAUAUUCUUGAAAGUUCAAGUUCCAUAAGUUCUUCCAAAUUGUGCAAAUAUUAUUGCUCCAAUGGAGCAAGUUACAUUGUUUGAUAUUGUUACUCUUUGGUGUGUAAUUGUUAUUUAUAUUGUUUAUUAUUGUUGUUCCUUAAUUUACAUAUCUUACAUAUCUUCUUUGCUGGAGCUUCAAGCUAAGCAACUUGUAUACCCUCAACGCUUAUAUGCCUAUCAAUUUCGGAAUUUUGUGUUUA